AUUCCAGUCGUCUUCCUCCCUUUCUCUCGUCUCUGCAACUCUCUCUCUCUCUCAUAUGUCGACUCCUUCAGAAACCAUAAACUUCUGCGGACUCCUCUCCGAAACAAAUCGCAUACGCCGUACCAAUUCUCUCCUCUUCUUUGCCCUCUCUGGCCUUUUCCUCUUCCCCCUCUCUUUAUCUACCCUCAUCUACCCCACUCUUCAAUCCAGCCUCUCCCAAUACGAUGCCGUCAAUACCCAAAUCCUCCAUCACAACCCCACUGAAACUCUGAUUCUCUAUCUGCUCUACACCCUCUUCGUCACCCUCCUCUCUCUCUGUGCCACAUCCACAAUUACCUACACCGCCUUCCAUGGAUUCUACGGUACACCCGUCAAAUUCAAAUCCGCCAUUAAAUCACUCGUCUACUCAGUCCCACCUCUUGUGAUCACGAUGGUAGUUUCACAGAUAAUUGUAGCUCUGAUAGGUAUGAUUUUCGGCAUUCUUGUCGCUUUGUUGUACACAGGGUCGCAGUUUUUUGGGUUCGAAAUCGAUUAUAAUUCGAAUUAUUUCAUUGGGCUUUGCAUAUUUCUCGCGAUCUUACUUGGGUUGAUCGUGAUUUGGUUACAAGUGAAUUGGGCCUUGGCUAGUGUAAUUGUGGUGGUGGAAUCAAAAUGGGGGAUCGAGCCGUUGCGUCGAAGUACCCAUUUGAUGAAGGGAAUGAAAGGACUUUGGUUGUCGAUACUGUUAUUGUACGGGUUCCCUAUUGGGUUCUUCAGCUGGGCAAAUUCGACGCCGGUGGUAAUUUCCAAUGGGUUUUGUGAUUGGGGACUUUGGUUGUUCAUUUUGAAGAUUCUGUCUACCUCUUUUUUGGUGAAUUUGUUCAUGCUUCAGAUUUUGGUAGCAAAUACAGUGUUGUACAUGUAUUGCAAGGCUUUUCAUGGUGAAUUGGCGUUGCAGAGUGGUGAUGAGUUUGCACCAGAGUAUACUAGCGUGCCCAUUGAUGAUGACAAAGUAGCUCACGGUGUUUAAGAAUUUCGAAGGUUGAUGAAUUUGAGGUUAUUCGAUGUCACUCCAGUUCCUUUGCAGUUGAAUUUCUAUAUGUAAUUGUAUUUUUUUUUUUUUUUUUCUGGUUCACCUUUCAGCGUGUCCGGGUUACCUGUCCAAUCAAAAAUAAAUUAUCUAUGUUAGAAUUAUGAUAUUGCCGAAGACAAAUCUCGGUCAAUGUGUAUACAUACAUACACUCUUUUAAGUUUUUGGAGUGAAGGUUUACCAUGUCAAAAUACUAUUUUUCAGUGUUUUUUUUUUCUUUCUAAUUUAAUAAAAAUGUAUCUUGUGUGUAAAAUUUU